AUGAACCUCCAGGCCCAGCCCAAGGCUCAGAACAAACGGAAGCGUUGCCUCUUUGGGGACCAGGAGCCAGCUCCCAAGGAGCAGCCCCCAUCCCUGCAGGCCCCACAGCAGCCCCCAGCCCCUCCACAGUCCACCAGAGUGAAGGAGGAGCCUUACUUUGGGCACGAGGGUCCGGCAGGGGCCGCCCCUGUCUCCCAGCCUGUGGAGCUACCCCCUCCGAACAGCCUGGCCCUGCUGAACUCUGUGGUGUAUGGUUCCGAGCGGACCACGGCGGCCAUGUUGUCCCAGCAGGUGGGCUCGGUCAAGUGGCCCAACUCUGUGAUGGCUCCAGGGCGGGGCCCUGAGCGUGGAGGCGGUGGGGGUGUCAGUGACAGUGGCUGGCAGCAGCAGCCAGGCCAGCCUCCACCCCACUCGACAUGGAACCGCCACAGCCUGCCCCUCUACAGCGGACCCAAGGGGAGCCCUCAUCCUGGCAUGGGGGUCUCUACCUACUACAGCCACCCCGAGGCACUGAAGCGGGAGAAAGGAGGCGGACCGCAGCUGGACCGCUACGGAAAUGCCGUGCGGCCGAUGAUGCCACAGAAGGUGCAGCUGGAGGUAGGGCGGCCCCAGACGCCCCUGAACUCUUUCCAUGUGGCCAAGAAGCCCCCAAACCAGACACUGCCCCUGCAACCUUUCCAGCUGGCGUUCGGCCACCAGGUGAACCGGCAGGUCUUCCGGCAGGGCCCACCGCCCCCCAAUCCCGUUGCGGCUUUUCCACCGCAGAAGCAGCCGCAGCAGCAGCAGCCGCAACAGCAGCAGCAGCAACAGGCCGCCCUUCCCCAGAUGCAGCUCUUUGAGAACUUCUAUCCCAUGCAGCAGCCACCCUCUCAGCAGCCCCAGGACUUUGGCCUGCAGCCGGCCGGACCCCUGGGGCAAUCCCACCUGGCUCACCACAGCAUGGCGCCCUACCCCUUCCCCCCCAACCCUGAUAUGAACCCAGAACUGCGCAAGGCCCUCCUGCAGGAGUCAGCCCCACAGCCUGUGCUACCUCAGUCCCAGAUCGCCUUCCCCCGCCGCUCCCGCCGCCUCUCGAAGGAGGGUGUCCUGCCUUCUGCCCCUCUGGAUGUGGCUGGCACCCAGCCUGGACAGGAGCCCACCAGCAACCUAUUCCUACAUCACUGGCCCCCACAGCAGCCACCACCCGGGCCCUUGGGGCACCCCCAUUCUGAAGCUCUGGGAUUCCCGCUGGAGCUGAGGGAGUCGCAGUUGCUGUCUGAUGGGGAGAGACUGGCACCCAACGGUCGGGAGCGGGAGGCUCCCACGAUGGGCAACGAAGAGGGCAUGCGGGCAGUGGGCACGGGGGACUGUGGGCAGGUGCUACGGGGUGGGGUGAUCCAGAGCACUCGACGGAGGCGCCGGGCAUCCCAGGAGGCCAAUUUGCUGACCCUGGCCCAGAAGGCAGUGGAGCUGGCCUCACUGCAGAACGCAAAGGAUGCCAGUGGCUCUGAGGAGAAGCGGAAAAGUGUGCUGGCUUCAACCACCAAGUGUGGGGUGGAGUUUUCUGAGCCUUCCUUAGCUGCCAAGCGAGCACGAGAGGACAGCGGGAUGGUACCCCUCAUCAUCCCAGUGUCUGUGCCUGUGCGGACUGUGGACCCAACUGAGGCAGCCCAAGCUGGAGGUGUUGAUGAGGAUGGAAAGGGUCCCGAACAGAACCCCGCUGAACACAAGCCGUCAGUCAUUGUCACCCGCAGGCGGUCCACCCGUAUUCCUGGGGCUGAUGCUCCAGCUCAGGCUGAUGACAUGAAUGUCAAGUUGGAAGGGGAACCUUCAGUGCGAAAACCAAAGCAGCGGCCACGGCCUGAGCCCCUGAUCAUCCCUACCAAGGCGGGCACUUUCAUUGCCCCUCCCGUCUACUCCAACAUCACCCCAUACCAGAGCCACCUGCGCUCUCCUGUCCGCCUAGCUGACCACCCCUCUGAGCGGAGUUUUGAGCUACCCCCCUACACCCCUCCCCCAAUCCUCAGUCCUGUGCGGGAAGGCUCCGGCCUCUAUUUCAAUGCCAUCAUGUCAACCAGCAGCAUCCCAGCCCCUCCUCCCAUCACGCCAAAGAGUGCCCAUCGCACCCUGCUCCGGUCUAAUAGCGCUGAAGUCACCCCACCUGUCCUCUCUGUGAUGGGAGAGGCCACCCCAGUGAGCAUCGAGCCACGGAUCAACGUGGGCUCCCGGUUCCAAGCGGAAAUCCCCUCCAUAAGGGAUCGUGCUCUGGCAGCUGCAGACCCCCACAAGGCCGACUUGGUGUGGCAGCCGUGGGAGGACCUAGAGAGCAGCCGGGAGAAGCAGAGGCAAGUGGAAGACCUGUUGACAGCCGCCUGCUCCAGUAUUUUCCCUGGAGCUGGCACCAACCAGGAGCUGGCCCUGCACUGUCUGCAUGAGUCCAGGGGAGACAUCCUGGAAACGCUGAAUAAGCUGCUACUGAAGAAGCCCCUGCGGCCCCAUAACCACCCACUGGCAACUUAUCACUACACAGGUUCUGACCAGUGGAAGAUGGCUGAGAGGAAGCUGUUCAACAAGGGCAUUGCCAUCUAUAAGAAGGAUUUCUUCCUGGUGCAGCAGCUGAUCCAGACCAAGACCGUGGCCCAAUGCGUGGAAUUCUACUACACCUACAAGAAGCAGGUGAAAAUUGGUCGCAACGGGACGCUAACCUUCGGGGAUGUGGAUACAAGUGACGAGAAGUCGGCCCAGGAAGAGGUUGAAGUGGAUAUUAAGACUUCCCAGAAGUUCCCAAGGAUGCCUCUUCCCAGAAGAGAGUCUCCAAGUGAAGAGAGGCUGGAGCCCAAGAGAGAAGCAAAGGAGCCCAGGAAGGAGGGGGAGGAGGAAGUGCCAGAGAUCCAGGAGAAGGGAGAGCAGGAAGAGGGGCGAGAGCGAAGCCGGAGGGCAGCGGCUGUCAAAGCCACACAGACACUACAGGCCAAUGAGUCGGACCCCAGAUAUGGGAGCAACAUCUUUCUCCCCGCCAGACUCCAGGACCGCUACAUCUUCAACUUCCCAGUUAGUUUCCUCCAAAGGCUUCUACAAACUCAAUGUCCCAAGAUCGCAGAAAUCUGGUAUACCCUCCAGAAAUAG